UUGUGAUCAUCUAGGUUUUGGACUUAACUAACACAGGGAGGACUGCAUAGAACCUCACUAAUUUUGGUGAACUUUCUUAUCUGCAAAGAGUAACGAACACAGAGUUAUCCCUAUUAGGUCUUCGAUUUGUUUGCUAUUUGAUACACUGUCACUUUCCGGAUAUUACAGACAAAUAAUGCCUAAAAGCUGAAAUGAAAGGAAAUGGCAAUAUUUGCUAUGGGCAAUGACAAGGUGGUUGAUGUCUGUCACUGGCAUCAAUUUCUCCUCACGCAUGUAGAAAGACUCUAAGCAUGUUGGCAGGGCUUUAACAAUUCAAAGUCAGAGCUUCCAGAUUCGUUGACAUCUUCGCCUUUAUCUUUCCUCACAAGUUAGGUGUUACCAUCAGUAGGAGGAAUUUCUGUAUUAGUUCUCUUUGGUGGUUUAAGGAGGUUCUGAGUUGAAAGGACAAUGUCAAGGUUUAUACAAACACAGACAAUCUGGCACUUAGAUGUGCUAAAAUGUAAAAAUAUUUCUGCUAGUUCCAAUGUCAGUGAUCUUAUGCUUUUAAUCUUUUGGUGUAUUGCAGCAUUUCAAGUUUAUUCAUGGCAGAUCUCAAAGAACGCCUCCUCCCCCCAAGACCUGCGUCAGCUAUUGACCUUAAAGAAGCAUCUAACCGUUCAUAUGGGCAUGGGCGUCAGCCUUUCCAAAGCAUGGAUGUUAUAGGUCUUAAGAAACGAGGUCAAGGUCUUCGGUCAUGGAUUCGUGUUGAUACCUCUGGGCAUUCUGAGAUCAUUGAGGUUGACAAGUUCACAAUGAUGCGCCGUUGUGACCUUCCAGCCCGUGAUUUGCGCCUGCUUGAUCCGUUGUUUGUUUACCCCUCUACAAUUCUCGGAGAGAAGGCUAUAGUUGCUAACUUAGAGCAAAUUCGAUGUAUUAUCACAGCAGAUGAGGUUUUGCUUUUGAACUCCCUCGAUAGUUAUGUGUUGCAGUAUGUGGUGGAGCUACAGCGACGGCUGACAACAGCUGGGGCAGGUGAGGUUUGGCAACCAGAAGGUGCAGAUUUGAGCAGUAGGAGAGGAAGUAGAAACUUUGAUGAUUUGUUUGGCAACACUUCCCCGGAUUAUUUGCCUUUCGAGUUUCGGGCCCUUGAAGUUGCUUUAGAAACUGCUUGUACUUUUCUUGAUUCUCAGGCGGCAGAACUAGAAAUUGAAGCUUAUCCAUUGCUGGAUGAACUAACUUCGAAGAUCAGUACAUUAAAUUUGGAGCGUGUUCGACGUUUGAAAAGCAGACUUGUGGCAUUGACCAGGAGAGUUCAGAAGGUUAGGGAUGAGAUAGAACAGCUAAUGGAUGAUGACGGAGACAUGGCUGAGAUGUAUCUCACUGAGAAGAAACGGAGAGUGGAGUCAUCGUACUAUAUUGAUCAGUCUUCGAUCGGCUACAGGUCCAAUGAUGUUGCACAAUCCCUUUCUGCUCCUGUUUCUCCCAUUUCUUCACCUCGUGAUGGCCGAAAGCUUGAGAAGAGCCUAAGUAUAGCGAGGAGCCGGCAUGAGAGCAUGAGGAGUUCAGAAAGCUCUACGGAUAGAAUAGAAGAGCUGGAGAUGCUGUUGGAAGCUUAUUUUGUUGUCAUUGACAACACUUUAAAUAAGUUGACUUCGCUGAAGGAGUACAUUGAUGACACAGAAGAUUUCAUUAACAUUCAGCUGGACAAUGUCCGAAACCAGCUGAUACAAUUUGAGCUGCUGCUGACAACUGCGACUUUCGUUGUUGCUAUCUUCGGUGUGGUGGCGGGAAUUUUUGGGAUGAACUUCGACAUCUCAUUAUUCGACAAUGCCGAUGCAUUUCAGUGGGUCCUCAUCAUAACAGGAGGAUGCCUUUUAGUCAUUUUCAGUGCAUUGGUGUGUUUCUACAGGUACAGGCGACUCAUGCCUCUGUAAUGUGUCGGGAAUAUCUAGAUCCUUGGCGGAUGGAAUUCAUCAAUUGCUAUUCUUUCGUAUAGCUGCGCA